AGAUCAAUCGAGCUGCAGAAAGUGCGAUCUGAUGGCUGCCGCUGGUCUCACGCCUGUAUGGCGGCUGCGGGCUCUCAUAACCCAUUCCGUGUCCGCUCUGACCGGCCGCUUAGUGACUGGCAGCGGACCGUGUUACUCCUCACUCCCAGGGGAUGACCAUUCUACCGAGACCGGCUUCCAGUCCGAGGAGGAUGACAUAGAGGACAUAAAGAGGUACCAUAACCACUUCCUGGGCAUGGCCCCUGGUCCUUUAACUGACAGCCAGGGCUAUUCAUCAAACUGCGCAUUGCAAAAGUCAAGAGAAAACAGCCAAGCUAUUAGAACAUGUCCAUAUGAGCUAUGUUUGCUUUUCAGAUUUCAGUUCACUAUUCACUACAAUUUGGAGUUUAUUAUAUAACCCUGACUGUGUAAUGAAGACACCCUGGUGGUGCCCUGACCGUGGAGUAGUUAAAGCGGCACUCUGAGUACCAUAACCACUACUUGUGAUGCCAGGAAUGUGUGGUGCCAUCACACUGUUAAGAGUCACUCCAUUUACAAAUGUCGCAGGGUCCCAUCAGUCCAGACUGUACCCCAUCUUCACAGGUAUUGCUAAAGCAGAAAUUCUCCUUCUACAUUACAUAUAUGCAUUUUUUUUUUCUUAUUUGCAUGGAAUUAAGUGGCGGAAACAUGUGGCCAACAUUCCCAUCCAACAAAUGCCAUCCAGGCAUGUACGGAAAUUAUAAUGCUAAUGCAGAAGGGAUACUUAUGCUUAAUCGAUACCGUGAAGAGGGAUAACACUGCAUUUGUCUGGGACCACGGCUCUGUUUUUUAAACCUUUUGAAAACCGAGCAUUAUAGUUGUUGUCAUGGUGUUAAGAAAUUAUACUUACCUGAUGUACUUUCAACUAAAUGCUGCCACUAUCUUGUCUCUGGUAGUUUUACUGUGCAGGAGAUAACUCAGUUGUGUGGUUUUGCGCAUCCUAAAGAAUACAAAAUUAGAGUCUAUUGAAGAUACCGCAAGACAGGUUUAUGGAUCUUCCAUGGCUUUAAUGAUGCAAGCGCAAGAACGUGUUAUAGGCACCUAUAGUGAAUCACGUGGUAGGAUGCAUAUUCCCAUCAGCUGUCAUCAGUGAUAACCGAUGGGAAAUAUCAGUAUGUGGUAAAAUUAGUUCCCUACAUGAGGCAAAGUAGUCCCUACCUUGCUGGAAUUUCAAAGAAAAAAAAAAUAGAUAUUUAUAAAAUAAUAAAUUAUAAAGUAACAAUGCUGCUUUAACAAGAACCACAAGUUUCUAAGAAAUUGUUAGCUCCCCUGAGCUAAUCACUGCAAUGCAGUAUCUCUGGUACUGGAGGUGGGGAACAGCGCAAGGCGAAUCCAGAAGAAAAAUAAAUUGAUUUUAAAGUUUGGUUAGUCGCCAGAUCUACUGUCUCCAUACAAAGUGGUUAUAGUGGUUAUGGUACUAUUGUGUGCUUACCAAUUACUAUUAAGCCUGGAUUGUUUGGCUUUCUUUCAUUUUUAGAAUCCUCAGCAAUAGAUUAAAAAGAAAAUAUGCAUGUGUGUUUUCUUGUCUUGAGUCUGUAUGCAUCCAUGAACUUGUUACUUUUUCUUUCCCAGAGCACUAAAAAGACAGCAGAAGGCUAUAAAGUUCCAAAAAAUUAAAAGAGAGUUUGAACCUCGUGGCCCACCAGAGAGGAUCCUGUCUUGGAAUGCAAUACAACAAAUCCGGUAAAAAAACAAAAACUUGCAAAAUCAGUGGUUCCCAAGUGCAUACACACAUGCAGAUGCCACCAUGUACUUUGCACACAUUGAAAAGGGGAUUUCAAUGAAUCCCUUAACGCCAUUAGGAUGAUCCAUGCCAUCCUCCACAGAGUAUGCUUAAACAACGUUAGGACAGCAUGAAACGUCCUGUACUUCUGUUGUGAGUAGGGUUAAAUCUCUGCUCAGACCAGGAAGACUCCAGUAUACCUGCGACUCUUGUUUGUCAUCUUGGGCCUUAUUUAGUAACCCCAGAGUAAUAAGUAAGUUUUAUGCAGCACUCAAACUGAGAACUGCACACAACCCUUCAAAUUCAUUUUAAUUAGCGUGACUGAGUGAUGGUGCCCCCAAUCUGAAGGCGACCCCCAUGCUUUGACAGGAACAGGGUCUCCCUGCAUUCCCAUUUACUGAUGGUGAUCAGCGCUGCCAACUGCCCAGCAUCAAUCUUUGUGUGAUUGGCAUGCCGAAGCUGCAGCAUGAGAGGGAGAUAUUCCUUCACUGAGUUAGGGUUAAUGCUGUUUUUGGAUUUAGUGUAAAAAUAGAGUUGGGGUUAGGGUUGGUGUGUGGUUCGUAGUAAGGUUACUCUAGAGUUAGUGUUAACUACCAAAAAUUUAUUUAGAUCCUAGACAUGUGGCACUUAACAAUUAGAAUCUUUUUUUGAGUUCUUCUUCUUUAGCUGGAUUUGAGUAGUAAAAAAAAUAUUAUAAGCAAAACUGUAAACAGAUUUUAUUUUUGUUUACAUUUUGUGUUAGGUAUACAUUUAGAAUUGCAAUGGUAUUUCAUUGAAUUUCUGUCAUAUUAGGGGUUUUAAGAAGAAAAUGUGUGGUGUAUGUAUGUGUAAAUGUAUAAUAAUAAUAAAAUGCCCCUAUGGGGCAGAAGCUCACACUUGCGAGCAAAGCUUUGUCACAUUAAAAAUGUUUAAUAAUAUUGACAAUACCUGUAAUCUGUAAGCGGCCUGCUGUAUUUUGUGAAAGCUUUCUGAUAUAUUUAAUAACAUCAUAGUGUGUGUUUGGUGAUUGUUUUCUCUUUAUUUUCCUCCUUCAGGUAUUUAAAGCAGAAUUUUCCAGAGGAAUGGACAGUGCCUCGUUUGGCGGAAGGGUUUAAUGUCAGUGUAGAUGUUAUCCGGAGGGUUCUGAGAUCAAAUUUUUCUCCACCUGAAAAACGAAAAUUAAAACAAGAUGUUAAAGUAGCUAAACUAUUAGGGCAAAGUGUCCCUAAGGAAUCCAGAAAGGACGUGUUACAUCUGGCUCCAGCUGCAAAAGAUUCGGCAGUACAACUUUUGUCAUCAGGACUCCGCAGCAAGCAAAUUAGGACCCCAAAACAUCAUGUUAUUCCUCCCUCAGAAACAUCACCGUCUUCAGCAAUAGCUUUGAGGGGAGAGGGCAAAAUUGGACAUGUAAGAAAGGAAAAUUUCCAGCUCAGUACACAACAAUCACAAAUAAAUCGGCCUGGCAUGACCCCUGCAAUGUCCUACAUGACUGCGACAAUUGCUGACAAUCCACAGUCAGACCUGGUGAAUGUUUUUGAUGAGGAGCAGGAAAACCUUGAUGAAGAAUGGGAUGGUGAAGUGUUAAGUGACCAUGAACUUGAAGAGUUGGCUGAAAGUGGCAUUAAAAACCAAAUGCAAGUUGUACAACAAGGAAGAGAGUUUUUUGACAGCAAUGGAAAUUUUCUGUAUAGGAUAUGAUCAUGGAAUGGGACAUUUACCUGCAUAAAUCCAGGAAUAAAAAUAUUUAAAUAAAAAUUUAAAAAAAUAAA